CAGCCCCUCCUCUUCCUCCUCCUUCCUCCCCCUCGCAGCCUCGGUCUCCUUUCCCGGCCAGCCGCGUUCCGCGAAGGGGGUCAGACGAGCGCAGAACCCGCACCCCCCACCCCCCAUCCCCGGCGACAAGCGAUGGGCGACAUCCCCGGCCUCGUCAAAAUCAGCGUUUCCCUCAAAAUCCAGCCCAACGACGGGGCGGUGUAUUUCAAGGUGGACGGGCAGCGCUUCGGCCAGAACCGCACCAUCAAGCUGCUGACCGGUGCCAAGUACAAGAUCGAGGUGGCCCUGCGGCCCGGCACCGUCCAGGCCACUACAAUGGGCAUUGGGGGCGUCAAUGUCCCACUGGAAGAGAAAUCAAGGGAUGCACAGGUGGCCUCUUACACAGGGAUCUACGACACAGAAGGGGUGCCCCAUACCAAGAGCGGGGAGAGACAGCCCAUCCAGGUCAACAUGCAGGGCAUAUUAUGGACUUCAGGCGACUCCCACCAAGGUCCCUGGCUAGGAAUCCAGUCCCAAGCCCUUGGCAUACAGGGACCCUCCUUUUGCCUGCCAGCACUCCCAGGUUUUUUGGAGCAGAGCAUGCCCCAAACACAAGGGGUGACUACUUUCCCCUUCCACCUGUCAUCUGCAGGAUGCCUGGGGACCUGCCAGAGGCUGAAAGCAUGCUUUAACGACAUUGGCGUUUUUGAAACUGUCUGGCAAGUCAAAUUCUACAACUACCACAAACGGGAUCAUUGCCAAUGGGGAAACAGUUUUGGUAGCAUCGAGUACGAAUGUAAACCAAAUGAAACACGCAGUCUUAUGUGGAUCAAUAAAGAGACCUUCCACUGAAGAGAUGUGAAACCAAUCCUGCUGGACAAUCUCCCUAAAGAAAAAUCUACCUUUUAAACCAGCAAGAAGCCUUAACAAAGGCAUACUGUAAUGUUGCUUUGUUCCAUACGGUUCUAACAACUACGUUGUAUAUACAGGUGGUGCCACUAAAAUCUUUGCCUAUUACUGUAUUUUAAGUUUACCAUGGCAUCUGCAACAUUUGUUAUCUGUCACCCAGGAAUACUCUAAAGUUCAUGGUAAAGAAUAUUUGAUAGCUGGGUAGAAAGUCAUACCAUCAUAAUACUGUCCUAAGUAUUUAGAUUAUGCCCACUAAACAGUUCCACUAGAUGUAACAACUUUUGUGAAGUGUUUUGCAUUAUUGCUUAGAAUUUUGAUGCAAUAUCACAUUGGUGAUUUCUGUAUUUAUAUUUGUGUUUGCUCCUAAAUCAGUGUUCUCCUUCAAUCAUUUUGUUAUACCAGUGGACAGCAAAAAGUACAAACUAUGGAUAUUUGUAGGUUUAGCCAAAUGGCAGCUACUGCACUGUUGAUAUUGUGCUUUCAUACCAGGGGAUUUGGAAACUCAUUCUCUCUUUUGUUACGUGCUGUAAGAUAUUCUGUGAAAAGCUUGCUAAUUUACCAAAACUCUCAAAUCAGGAUUCUUUGUUAAGUUUCCCAGUCUGUGAAAUAGCUUUAGGAAAUUGUAUAAAUCAUGUUAACCUGAAUGAAGGAAAAGCAAUAGAUCAGUUGUGGUGUCAAAGACAUCUAACAACAUGGCUAAUAUCUGUCUUAAGAUCAUAUAGUAUUCCUGAAAGAUAUAGUAGCCAUACUUAAUUUAGUUCUUACAGUAAGAAUUCUGAUAAUAAUCUCCUUUUUUGUUUUGAUGGCACAUUGCUCAAAUCAGUAAAAUCCUACAAAUAAACUUUUUCAAGCCUGAACACUGUAUUGUACCAAAAUCACCAGGAUUUCUGACCAACAAAUGCUUAGUGUGAAGAGAGUACAGAUCCCAGUGCAUGUUUAUACAUGCAUUGCACACUUUCAAAUAAAGAUAAGCAUGUAAACAUUUGCAUAGUUAUGACUAAAGGUGCUACAUAAACACUAAAUCAGUGUUUAACACAUAACAGACAAUGAAAAACAAACAUAUAUUUUCUUUCCAUAAAUAAAGCAGGGAAACAAAUACACUGUCCCGUCCCCAAUUUGUGCUGAAGUCAGCUGUCAUUUCUUGCAUAUCUGUUAUUCCUUUUGUGAAUAAUUUGUAAAUUGUGUAUGUAAAUGGUAACCAUUACUUUUGAUCUUUGUAAUAAAGGACUUAGACAAAUUC